UCCCACGCUUUUCUUCCACAGCCGCUCACCACAUCCAGUGACAUCUUCCUUAACUUUCCUUUCCCUGCACUGCAUACUUACUGAACAUGGCGACUGUACAUCCCUCACGCAUGGGCUUGGUUCCACAAGAUCCCAAAGAUACUUACCUCUCCCGCCGACGUGCCCGCUCUCCGUCACCACGAGCGCGCAGCCCACCACGACAGAGUGAACGAGAGAGAGACAAUGGCCGAAACCGAGGAGCGCGGGACCGUAGCAGAGAACGCGAAAGAGACAAAAGGCGGGAUGAUAGUAGGCACAAGGACAGGGAUGGAGGGGAUGACAGGAAAAGAGACGAUGAUAGACAGCAGCGCGACAAGAGCGUUGAUCGAGGACGAGAUCGUGACAGGGAGCGAAGCAAAGAACGGCGUCGGGGAAGUCCUGAAUAUUACAAGCGCCCUGCGACACCUCCGCCUUCUGAAGCCCCGUGGCGGAAUCAGGAAAAUGUGUACCCCAACCGACAAGGGAGGGAUAGACCACCGCAUGCUGGUGGGUCGUACGGAGGCGGGGGGAGUGAAUAUUUGGAGAGUCGUCGAGCCCAAAGAGACGCAUCGACACUAAACAUUUGGCCUGCUUCUCCCAAGGCUGCAACAAGAACACUUUCACCUUCCCGCGACACAAAAUCACGCGGAAAAUCUAAGCGUGACCGGGCAGAGACUCCCACAGACUCUUCUGACAGUGAGGAUGAGCGCAGGCGGAAGGAGCGUAAAGACCGAAAACGGGCGCGAAAAGAGAAGGACAGGGCCGAACGGAGGGAGAGAAAGGAAAAGAAGAGCCGAGCGCCUAGCAGACAUCGGAGCUACGAUAGUGAGGAAGAUGACAGAGAGAGAAGCAGACGAAGCAAGAGCAAGAGCCAUCUUCACAGCCCAAGCCCAAGUCCUGUUCGUGCCCCGUCGCCCCCUCGUGCAGUCGAAGAAGACGAGUGGGUGGAGAAACCUGCAGCUGCAACAUUUGCUUCUUCGUCUUUGGCCGCUCAGAGUAUUGGCUCCAUGCCGCCACCAACCACUAUCCCUUCGCACUCUGGAGAGGCGGCGGACGAGGAUUCUGAUGAAGAUCUCGGGCCCCAACCGCUAUACAAGGUUAUCGCUAAGAAGUUCGAUGAACGUGCUUAUGGUAGCGCUCUGCUUCGCGGUGAAGGUAGCGCCAUGGCCGCCUUCUUGCAAGACGACACGGAUUCACGUAUUCCACGACGUGGUGAAAUCGGUCUAACCUCGGACGAAAUUGCUCAGUUCGAGUCGGUUGGCUAUGUAAUGAGUGGAAGCAGGCACAAGCGCAUGAACGCAGUGCGUAUGAGGAAGGAGAACCAGGUUAUUAGCGCGGAGGAGAAGAGGGGUAUCUUGAAGUUGCAGAAAGAUGAGAGGCAGAGACGGGAGGCCAUCCUCAGGGAGGAAUUCAGUGAACUUGUGACAGAGAAGCUCAAGGGGCCGCAAGUGCAGCCAAAGUGAAAGCUAUUGGCUAGCUCGUCCAAUUGUUUUCGAGUAUA